AUGGUGGAGUCUAAUUUCCAAAGCCGAACACUGGAAAUGGGAAUUGAAGAAUUUUUGGAUGGGGUCCAAUCUAAUCCCGACCUUGCCAACUUAGCGGCGGCUAUGAACAGGCAGAGACAGGCAAAAGAGGAAGAGGAGAGAGCCAAAGAAAAAGAGCAUCAGCGUGCGCAGAAACAAGGUCUACCCAGAAACAAAAACCCAUACUAUUCGGCGUCGGGCUCAAGCUCGAGUGGGGGUUCGGGCAGCGCGGGUGGGCAUACAUCUGGCCCCAGUGUAGCAUCCGAGUACCACUAUCCAUCUUUCUUUGGAAAGACGUCUCCACAGGCAGGAGGACAAGAUCCUAAAGCGACCAAAAAAGAUGAUCGGUUCUCUCGUGAGGCAGCUGGCCAUCAGCCAUUCGAUCCCAGCGACAAAAGCCGUUCUAAGCAGGCGGGAAGCAACGACGGGAGCAGAAGGCGAUCUUGA